UUUCCGCUUCUAUAUUAUUCAUAAUCAUAAACACUAUGGUUAAAAUAAUUAACUUACGUUUAUUUUUAUUUAUUGUUGCUUAUAAUUUAGACUAAGUUAUUAUUUAAACUCAAAAUGUGAUCACGAUUAUGCUCAAGCUUCAUCACUUGUGAUUUAGUAAGCGUGUGUACACAAAAAUUAUGAUUAUUAUUUUUUAAUAAUAAUACUCAUAGUUUUUAUUUUUAAAUAAAUGUUUAUUUAUUUCGAGGUAAAAAGAUGACGGAGUCUGUGAAGGAGGUGCUGUACUGUUUGAUAUGUAAUAUUAAGUUCAGCACAUCAACAAGAAAUAGUAUUAAAAUAUUUGACAAAAAUUCAGUAUGUGAUUCCCAGAAGACUAUCUUGUCAGCUCUUAAUUUAGUGUUAGAGACUGAAGUCACCGCAGAGAAUGUGCAUUCGGAUGUAAUUUGUAAAAAAUGUUAUAAAUUAUUUAAUGAGUAUGAUGAACUUACUAAUAGAUUAGCAGAGAUAAAGCACGACAUCUUUGAGAAUUACAAAAAAACGGUUAGAAAACUCACUGAAAUCGUUGAAGAAGAGUACAAUGACCACGAUUAUGUAGAUCAUGACAACCAAAAUCUAGAAGAAUUUUCUCCGGGUGUACUUGACGAGGAUGGAGAUAAACCCAAGGACAGUUUCGCUAAAGAAGAGCACGUCAAUAUUGAGUAUUUACAUGAAGACAUUAACCAAGACGAGGAAAAUGUAGUCAAUGAAGAGUACAUCGAUGAUCCACCUGAGAAACCUGAUGUCAAACAAAUAGCGAUGACUACCUCCAUGGAGGCUAAGACUAAUGAAACGAUUAAAAAAAUCAAGAGUCUGAAAGUCGAUGGGCAGGAAGCUUUAGUAAUUCGUGAUAAAAGUACUAAUAUUUAUACUUGUCUGCUUUGUCCUGAUGAUGAUCGUAUUGCUGGAGAUGCUCGUGAAAUAGUAGCGCAUUUGAAGGCAUCUCACGAUGUGCGGCUGUACAUUUGUGACAUGUGCGGCGCGGAAUUUAAAAAACGGAAUGAACUGUCCGCGCACAUGGAUGAACAUAUUGCCAAGGAAGAGGGAGAUUUCCAGUGUGAAUCUUGCAACAGAAUAUUCUCCAAUUUGCGAUUAUUUAGAAUUCACAAGCGCGUUCAUUAUCCGCAAGCUAAAUCAUGGAGUUGUGAUCUGUGCCCCAAAAAAUACAGCUCGAAAAAUUUGCUGGAAGAGCACCGUAACACUCAUACGGGAAACAGACCUUACGUUUGUAAAGUUUGUAAAAAAGAUUUUGCAUCAAAGUACACAUUUAAAGCGCACGUUAAAACCCACGAGAUACGCCCGCGACCAUUUGAAUGCUUACAAUGUAGUAAAACAUUUUUAAGCCAACAAAAUUUGACUCAGCAUGAACGAACUCACUUGGGUAUAAAAGAAUACGUUUGCGACCACUGCGGCAAAGCCUUUGGCUCCCAGCACAACCUAGAUGUCCACAAUAUUGUCCACACCGGCCACAAGCCCUACGUCUGCGACCACUGCGGCAAAGCCUUUGCCAGGAAAGCCGAGAUAAGGGACCACGAGAGAACGCACACGGGUGAAAAACCUUAUCAGUGUGAGUAUUGCGGUGCGACCUUUAGUCAGCGAUCUAAUUUGCAGUCCCACAAACGCGCUACGCACUACAAUGACAAGCGUUACAAGUGCGAUGAGUGCGGCAAAGGUUUCAAACGAAGAAGACUUCUUGACUAUCACAUAAAAGCUCAGCACACCGGCGAAAGACCUUUCAAAUGUGAAACAUGCGCAGCUACUUUCGUUUAUCCAGAACACUUCAAGAAGCACAUGCGGAUCCACACUGGAGAGAAACCUUAUCAGUGCGAGGUCUGUGGCAAAGCCUUCAACAGUCGGGAUAAUCGCAACUCCCAUCGCUUUGUCCACAGCGACAAAAAACCUUACGAGUGUUUGGUUUGCGGGAUGGGUUUCAUGCGCAAACCUCUUCUGUACACUCACAUGCAGAACUCGGGACAUUUGAAUGACACCAUUGUCGUUAACCAACCGAGACUGACCACUACUGGAGAUCAAGUUAUAACUAUUCCUGAAGGAGCUCAGUUGUUGAUUAACAGCGAGCAAGAAGACGAUGAGAUAGAGGAAACUGAAUUGUAUGUAACGGAUAUCAAAGACCAUGUCAUUAUUCAAGAAGACGAUGAAAAUAUUUACGAAGAAGAGGAAGCUGUUCUUGACAUUCCUUCAGAUGCUAACAUCACUUCAGACCAAGUCAAUAUUGUUGUUAAUAAUCAGAUUGCAUUUGCUGAUGGUGAAAUGAUUGAAUGCAAAACAGAGGAUCCUGAAGAAGACUCGGAGAUGUACAGUUACAAUACUGACGACGGGGAAACGAUUGUCGUGCCCGCAAACGAGUACAAAAAUCUCAUUAGCAACAACAAGGGCCCGGUCCGGUUGGUCCAGAUGAGAAUUCUGUCUGGUGCUGGAGGUGAUGGAAAAAGCUGGCUCAGUCUGGUUCAACAAGAUCCAUAAUUAACUCUUGUACAUACAUUAAUAAUUAUCAACCUAAUUAUUGAUUUUAGCAAACUAAUAUAUCUAAUUAUUUUUUUUUAAUAGAAUAAAUACCAAUUAAUAAAUUAUAA